AUGGCCGGCGCUACUCCGAUAGACAUCGCCACUCGCCAGUCAACCUCGGUCUCCCCGCCGGGCCAGCAGGCGUCGAAUCUGACAUCCGCUUUGCAAAAGGCGGGCACCGGGGAGCGCACCAGCAGCAUAUCGCAUCACCCGGGCGGCGGACUUGGGAUGUUCAAGGCCCCUCCUCCUCGUAAGGAUUCCAUCGGCACCGCUGCGCAAUGGGGCAAUGGCACCAAACCCAUCUCCAUGGCAGGAUCGGCCCGCGACAAAGGACGCCGGGAGUCGCUCGCAGGAAGUCUGGUAGGCGGAAUGAGCUGGGGUGGUGUGUCUGUCGGCAGUUGGAUUCGAGAUGACAUUAUUAUGACUGGCACAUCACCAUUCACCUUCCAGUCGCCAUCAUUUCACUCGUCGUCGUACCUGCCGAAACUCGAGGCCAACUUCAUGCGGGACUUUUCGUGCUGCGGUGUGACGUUACCGACCCUCCACGACCUAUUACAACACUACGAGGAAGCGCAUGCUACCAAGUCGCCCAACCAGGGGCACCGGCCGAGCCAGGGUGAAAAUCGAGCUGCCUUAGCCGCCGCCGCGAUCGCACAGCAACAGAGCCAGCAACAUGGCAAUGGACGCGGCCUGCAGCCUGACCGGACGUUAGACAUGCGUAAGAGUCAGAAUCCAUCCACCCCCCAGCAUGCGGAUUUGGACACGAUCGAUGACAUGGAGUUGGACGAGCCUAUGGGAGAUGGGGACGACUCUACCUCGCAGUUGUUCUCGCCCCAGUUACAUGACGGUGGACAGGGCGGAUUUGGCAAUUCCAACCAGAGCAGCCAACUAAGUCUAGGCAUGCUCCCGACUCCUCAAGGCUUCAACCAGUCGUCACAACCGGGUACGCCGAUCGGAUCCGGGCUCCCACUUUCUUUGCAGAACAACCCAACCGUCUCUUCCGUCAACACUCCUACAUUUACGGCCAACCCCCUCCAAGCGUCCCAGUUCCGCCAUACACCUGAUUCCUCGGGACCCGGUACACCGGCAGAGAUUGAUGAAAGCAUGCUCAGUGGAUUUGGCGAUUUGGCAAUGCAGAACAACGGAAUGGGCCAAAAUCAGGGCCAAUUCGGACGCUUCCCGGGGAAUAAUAACGAUAUGAUUGAUCUCUGCAUCGAUGAGCCGGCCAAGCGUCUAUUUAGCCCCAACGGCGGCAUGGGAUCUCCCAACGCCCACUUCAAGCUCAGUGGAGCGCAGUACGGGCCCAACAGCGAUAUUGCACGACGGAUCCGGGAGCAGCAACUAGCUGCUGGUGUUCCAGAUACCACCACAAUCCUCCCCAACGAGGAGCCCAAGCCGUUCCGGUGCCCUGUCAUCGGAUGCGAAAAGGCAUACAAGAACCAGAAUGGCCUUAAGUACCACAAAGCUCACGGACAUAACAACCAGCAAUUACACGAUAAUGCCGACGGCACGUUCUCGAUCGUCAACCCAGAGACAUCAGCCCCAUACCCGGGCACCCUCGGCAUGGAGAAAGAGAAGCCCUACCGGUGCGAGGUGUGCGGCAAGCGGUACAAGAACCUGAAUGGACUGAAGUACCAUAAGUCGCACUCCCCACCCUGCAACCCCGACUUUCAGCUUGGAGGUCGUAAUCUGAACCUAGGCGGCGGCGUGAUGCAGGGACAGAACAUCAACGUGGCUGGAGCUGGCCUCCCUGGAAUCGGCGAAGAAGGUCUUCUAUGA